AUGGGGGUGCCACAGCGACUCUACACAGAUUUGGGAAAAGAAUUUUGCGCUGCUUUUCAGGAUGGAGCUGAACUGGAUGACACCAUUGUCGAACCCAGUGCCUUGGAAAUGCCAACUCAAAGAUCCAUUACUGAACGAUCAGGAAAAACCUUUAAGGAAGUGCUCACCAAGGCCAUGGAGACAUAUGCGGUACAGAAUGACUCCGAGUGGAGAGACUUGGUGGACAUCGUGAACAUGACCGUGAACCGACUCACCAACAAAUCGGGAUUUUCACCCGCACAACGACUUCUGGGAUACACGCCAAAAAUGCCAGGAAGCCUCCAAUUCUUGUCACAAGAAGAGCAAAAAGAAAGGAAUUGGGCAACUCGAGGAGACCUUCAGAUGCAAAGAGCACAAACGAUGCGGCACAUCGUCAAGGCGGCACCAGAACAACUACGACAUGCCAGUGAAGAAGAACAGACAUCAUUGUCUUCAUGGAUGGAAGGGCUAUCGAACCUCCGGCAUAUCAUGUCAGAAGAACCUAAGGCUGGCUACAUCGACCUCACCAAGGAGUACAACGCCGAUGAGAUGGACCAAGAAAUGGAAGAGAUUGGUCUUCCGCCAGAGGAACAAUUUAUGAAGAAGCCAAGAUACAAGGUCGACGGAAAAACUCCCUUGAAGGAGGUGGAGGAAAGACCAGAAGAAGAUGGAUGGAUGUGGAAUGAGCAGAAAGGAAUUUUAACCCGGUUCCAUCUUCAACUCCGGCAACAGAGCUUUCGGCCAACAGACACCAGCGAUUGCCCCAUCGAUUACAACAAACUUCAAGGACACCGACGGACCACAAUGUAUUUUGAAGAUGGAAACAUUGUGGAGACCGUGGAUGAUUGGAGAACCGACAAUCCCACACAGACAAGAAGAUGGAAAGGAAGAACCGAAUUUCAAUUGGAUCCCACUCCACUUCCAUGGGAUCAUGAAACACCAAAGAUAGAAGGCACAUCCACCGCAGAGGAGCCACAAGAUCAGAAAGAACAACAGGACAUGGGAGAAGAGCAAUCUAUCCAUGUCCACAAGAGGGAGAAGUUUUUGAAAGCCAUCAAGAAGGAGAUUGACAAUAACAUCAACACUGGAGCCUAUGAGAUCCUAACGCCCGAAGAAUCCGAAGAAGUCAGGAACGAGGUGAUCUCUGGAUUAGACAUCAUGUUCAACCUCGACAUCUACUGUUUCAUCCAGGAGCUGACUCCAAUGGACCACAACUACAUGACCUUGAG